AUGUCGGGAUAUCAGAACAAGAAGAGGAAGCAGGAUUUCCAACAGCCUCAGCAGCAAGAACGCGCCGACGAUGAGGUCGAUACAUCUAGGCCUUCAGCUGUGUUCACACCUACUGGUGGUCGCCAGCAUACGCUGACCAUCGCGUUGCCCGGUAGUGUGAUUGCAAACGCUCAAUCACAUGAUCUCAAGACGAUGAUGGCUGCCCAGGUGGCGCGAGCCUGUGCCGUUUUCCAGGUUGACGAAGUUGUCGUCUUCAACGAUGGCCAAUCACAGAAUGGUGCCCGCUCACGAAAAUCAUUCGAAGGAGACGGCUACACGGGCUACUCGGAUCCUGAUGAUUUCCUUUACCAUGUUCUCAGCUAUCUGGAAACACCCCCACAUCUCAGGAAGACGCUCUUCCCUAUGCACCCCAACCUAAGAACCGCCGGAGCGAUGCCAAGUUUGGACAUGCCGCAUCACCUCCGUGCGAAUGAAUGGUGCCAGUACCGUGAAGGAGUGACGAUGGGUGCGGAUGCCGCGUACCAAGAUCCCUACAAUAACAAACGCAGCAAGGGUGGUAAGGGUAACUCCGUCUCAACUCUAGUUGACUGCGGUCUCCCUGUCAAGACGCGUAUUCCAGUAGAGGUACCUCCAGGAUCGCGUGUUACGGUCAAGUUUGGAUCUGCCGAUGAGCCUCAGAUGGAUGGAUACACUCCUUUGGAUGCCGAAGCCGUUUCGCCCGACACCCCGAGAGAGGAGACUGGAUAUUACUGGGGAUACUCAACAAGAAUGGCGUCUUCUCUUUCGGCAGUAUUUACUGAGUGUCCCUACGAUGGUGGCUACGAUAUCAGCUUCGGCACCUCCGAGCGGGGCAUAACAUUGGCAUCUCUCUUCAACGCCUCGGAAAGAAGCUCCGAGGUUCCACCUGUCCCAACCCAAUGGAGACAUAUGGUGAUUGUGUUUGGCGGUGUCGCAGGUCUGGAAGUUGCGCUGAAGGCGGACAAAAAUCUGACGUCCAAGGGCGUGACAGAAGCCAAGGACGUAUUUGACUACUGGGUCAAUCUUGUGCCUCAGCAGGGAAGCAGAACAAUUCGUACCGAAGAGGCGGUAUGGUUAGGAUUGAUGGGGUUGCGCACAGUAGUCCAGGACCGGCAAGAAGCGAGAUAA